UCUACUUGUAUAUAUAAUGUAUAUACAAAUUUAUCAUAUAUUGUGUAACAUUUAAUAUGUCCAAUCUACAGUGUAAUCUGCCAAUAAUGACAACUAUAUAAAAGAGUGUAACCUAAACAUAAUUUGGAUUGUUCUGUUGAUUUCUAUUUGCAAAUGUUACGAGUCGUUUAUAGAAAAAUGUGUAAUUUAACAUGUAAAAAAGCUGUAAUACUAGCAUUUGGGAUAUUUUUUGUUUUAUUUUUUGUUUGUUAUCUGGCAUUUUUCAACCAUGGACCGCCGGAAAAUAUAAUGGCAGCUAACCGAGGAAACCGGAAAGGAAUUCGUUUGUUUGAAGAUAAAGAUUCUCACAAGAAUGAAUUGGAUAAAGAAAUAGAAGCAGAAGAGAGAAAGGCUCUAGAAUACUGGGAAGAUUUUAUCAAGAAACAUGAUUAUACUGCCAUCGGAGAGAUAUAUGAUAACUGCGAUGAGAAAGAUCGAAUGAUGAUUGGACGUACAAUUAUGUUACCUGAUAGAAGAUGGGGCGGAAUAAAGGGUGUCACAGCAAGAACUUUCAUAAAUACAACAUUAGAUUCGGAGCUAAGUGGUGGUAGAUUUUACCUAGAAGUAAAAUAUAAUGGUAAAGAUUUGUACAGUAACAACUGGGAAUUAUGUACCCUGGAUGAAGACUAUGAUGACAGGCUGAUCUAUUGCCCCUUCAAUCCAGGAGAGUACUCGUUCGUCAAGGACAGACAAAUACCUAUAUAUUUACCAAAGGGUCGGUACGAGACAAAAGGUUGGAUGACUAACCAGGAGGAACAAAUUAUAGCGUGCGGUUUCUCGGAUUUCUCCCUCUAAUUAAUAAAAUGAUACACGUUCAGUAACGGGCUCUAAAAUAGUUUAAACAAGCAAAAUAGUAUUUCCGCCAUUUGUAAAUACUUUAAUUAUCUUUACAUAUUCUUCCGGUAUUUUCACUGACAUUAAAACUAGGCAGACAUAAUGAUUAAUAAUAUAAUUGUUUCAUUAUGCCUUUGGAACAUACAAAUUUUCUUUCAAAUGGGAUAAUAUUUUAAAGUGUUGACUGUGUAUCUAAGUAUAAGUAAGUGUUCAUUUAAACAUAUUUUAUUGCUAAUAUAUACAUGAUAAUAUACAGAGAAACAAACUGAUUUCGAAAUAACAAAUAGCAAAAGGGUUGGGCCCAAGUUCUUAUAACAUUAGCGAUCGGCCCUCCCCUGAAAACCAUUCGACCAAUUUAAUUUGGUAAAUGCUUGUUAAUGAACACUUGCCAAUUUAGUGUUUGAAAUUAUUUUUAUAAACAGUCGACCUACUAGACUAAUUUAUAGUUAGCCGAUUUAAGUUAAUUAGUUACAAUUCCUUUCAAAUACUGCAAUGUCAUUGGAAAAAAAACAAGUUUCAAACACUAGGUACAUGUAUAUGUGUUUAUCUCCUUUUCAUGACUUAGAAUUAUCGAAAUUACUGCUGUUUUAUGUGAAUUGAAAAUAACUUACUUUAACUAAAUGUAAUUACUUUUUACAUUGUAUCUCUACGGUACGUUUGAUGCUUCAAUUUGUUUUAUUCUUCCAUUAAUUUUUAUACACAUCUAUUAUGGCUUAUUAAAACUUUUUUGGUAUCAAACUGAACCUGUUCUGUUCUGGACCGAUAUAUUACGUAAACAUUACAAUAUAUGCAAUCUGUACUCCUUAAAAUGAAUAAGACUUUCUAAGAACAGUGGAAUUUUGUAUGACAACAUGAUAAUAUUAUUCAAAAUUAAUUAUUUUGAAAGAAUAACUCUUUUUUUUUAAAUCACUUAAUGUUAUUUUUAUUUAAUUAUACGAAGGUACCAAUUAAUAGGAAGUAGAUGUAAAAUCAAUAUGGGUUUAACAUUUUUAUAUAGAAGUUAUAUGUGGAACGUUUGAAUUGUGCGAUUAAACUUAAAAAUUUAUGUAUAAAAUUAUUUUUUAAACAAAUAUUUUGCAAGAAAAGUUUGUUAACAUGUUGAUAAGGUUAGUAUGAAAUGCAUAUUUAAUAAUACUCAAGAAAAAAUGAAUUAUGUAAAUAAUGUCAAUUUAUUUAUUAUUUAUUUAUUUAUUUGUAAAUAUAGAAAUAAAGAAAACAUGUUU